AUGAAGUGUACCGUGCGGGAGUGGUUCAGGGUAACCACAGUGCUCCUCAUGGCCCGAGCGAUUCCAGCCAUGGUGGUUCCUAAUGCCACUUUAUUGGAAAAACUUUUGGAAAAGUACAUGGAUGAGGAUGGUGUGUGGUGGAUAGCCAAGCAAAGAGGGAAAAGGGCCAUCACAGACAAUGACAUGCAGAGUAUCUUGGACCUUCAUAAUAAAUUGCGAAGUCAGGUGUAUCCUACAGCUUCUAAUAUGGAGUAUAUGACAUGGGAUGUAGAACUGGAAAGGUCUGCAGAAUCCUGGGCUGAGACUUGUUUGUGGGAACAUGGACCUGCAAGCUUGCUUCCGUCAAUUGGACAGAAUUUGGGAGCCCAUUGGGGAAGAUACAGGCCCCCAACAUUUCAUGUGCAAGCAUGGUAUGAUGAAGUAAAAGACUUUAGUUACCCAUAUGAACAUGAAUGUAACCCGUAUUGUCCAUUCAGAUGUUCUGGUCCUGUAUGUACUCAUUAUACACAGGUGGUGUGGGCCACAAGCAGCAGAAUAGGCUGUGCCAUUAAUUUGUGCCAUAACAUGAACAUCUGGGGGCAAAUAUGGCCCAAAGCUGUUUAUCUGGUGUGCAAUUAUUCCCCAAAGGGAAACUGGUGGGGCCACGCCCCCUACAAACAUGGCCGGCCCUGUUCUGCUUGCCCACCGAGUUUUGGAGGAGGCUGCAGAGAAAAUCUGUGCUACAAAGAAGGAUCAGAUAGUUAUUAUCCUCCUCGAGAAGAAGAAACAAAUGAAAUUGAACGGCAGCAGCAGUCACAAGUCCAUGACACCCACAUCCGGACAGUAGCAGAUGAUAGUAACAGAAAUGAAGUCAUAAGCACACAGCAAAUGUCUCAAAUUGUUUCGUGUGAAGUAAGAUUAAGAGAUCAGUGCAAAGGAACAACCUGCAAUAGAUAUGAAUGCCCUGCUGGCUGUUUGGAUAGUAAAGCUAAAGUUAUUGGCAGUGUGCAUUAUGAAAUGCAAUCCAGUAUCUGUAGGGCUGCAAUUCAUUAUGGGAUAAUAGACAAUGAUGGUGGUUGGGUGGAUAUCACUAGACAAGGAAGGAAACAUUAUUUUAUCAAAUCCAAUAGAAAUGGUGUUCAAACAAUUGGCAAAUAUCAGUCUGCCAAUUCCUUCACAGUCUCUAAAGUAACAGUUCAGGCUGUCACUUGUGAAACAACUGUGGAACAGCUCUGUCCUUUCCAUAAGCCUGCUUCGCAUUGCCCGAGAGUAUACUGUCCUCGUAACUGUAUGCAGGCAAAUCCACAUUAUGCUCGUGUAAUUGGAACUCGAAUUUAUUCUGAUCUCUCCAGUAUCUGCAGAGCCGCCAUACAUGCUGGCGUGGUUCAGAACCAUGGGGGUUAUGUUGAUGUGAUGCCUGUGGACAAAAGAAAGACUUACACUGCUUCUUUUCAGAAUGGAAUCUUCUCAGAAAGCUUACAGAAUCCUCCAGGAGGAAAGGCAUUCAGAGUAUUUGCUGUUGUGUGA